AUGCGUGCCUCUGUCUUUGCUUUUGUGCUCUUGGUAGCUGUGCUUGCCGCUUUGGAGGGUGAGGCGUAUGUUGAAGUGCCGAUGAAUGCUGACAUGUCCAUGGCCAUGCCACAAUGUCCAGCCUACGAUGAUCCCAGCCGUUUGGUGAUGCUGCCGUUUCCCAAUGACUGCCGCAGGUACUUUACCUGUCUCCGGGGUCGUCCCUACGUGACCCAGUGCCCGGAAAGCUUAUUCUGGAGCCAGCGAAACUAUCGUUGCGAUUACCGAGAGUACUCCGAUUGCCAGAGCCCCGACACGGAGGGUUGGGUGGAGUACAGCGCCUAUCCUGGAGACUGCAGUCGCUUCUACGAGAAGCGUGUCAUACGCUGCCCCAACAACCAUCUAUUCAAUUCGCACAGUCAACGCUGCGAGCUUUCUCAGUAUGUCAACAGUUGCGAGUCUUUGCCUCCUUGGAACAGCGGGUUGCCCACCGAACCCAACUAUCCCAUGAUCCCACCCGUAAUCCCUACUGCUGCCACUCCAGAGCCGGAAUACAAUGCCCCGAUUGAUGCACAAUUGCUGUGCAAGAACAGCAUCCCAAAUUCAUAUAUUCCGUUUCCCGGAGACUGUCGCAAGUUUAUCUACUGUGGCCCAACGGCCACUGUGUUGAAUUGCGCCGCUGACUCGUUCUGGAACCCCAUGCUGGUCACCUGCACUGCCUCCAGCAGUGGAUGCCAGGCUCUCCACUACAACUGAAGCUGAAACAAUAUUUAAGUCACGGGCUAGAUUCUAGAACCCACUUUACUUAUUUUGAGCACAGUCA